AUGAAGUUCUUCGGUAUCGAAUCCGCCGCUCUCGCCCUUGGGCUCGCCGGUCUGGCCCAGGCUCACAUGGAGAUGACCAACCCUCCCCCCUUCAAGUCCAAGGCCAACCCUCACGCCAACGGAGACGUCGACUACAGCAUGACUGCUCCUCUCGAGGCCGGCGGCGGCAACUUCCCUUGCAAGGGCUACCACUCCCUCUUCGGCACCCCAGCUGGCGCUUCUGUUGCUGACUGGAAGGCCGGCGGCUCUUACAGCAUGACCAUCACCGGUGGUGCCAACCACGGUGGCGGCAGCUGCCAGGCCUCUCUGUCCUUCGACAAGGGUGAGACCUGGAAGGUCAUCCACUCGUACAUCGGCAACUGCCCCGGAGCUGGCACUACCAGCUACGACUUCAAGGUCCCCGCCGACACCCCCUCGGGUGAGGCCAUCUUCGCCUGGACUUGGUUCAACCAGAUCGGUAACCGCGAGAUGUACAUGAACUGCGCCGCCGUCACCAUCGGCGGAGGAUCCAAGAAGCGCGCCUCUGCCCUCAGCAGCCGCCCUUCCAUGUUCGUCGCCAACGUCAACAACGGUUGCAGCACUGAGGAGGGUUCCGAUCUUGAGUUCCCCGACCCUGGUCCGGAUACCUCCAACGACUCGUCCAAGACUGCUCCUCCCAAGGGUAGCUGCGCCUCCGGCUCCGGCUCCGGCUCCGGUGGUGGCUCUUCUGGCGGCGACAGCGGUGCCACUCCUAGCUCCCCUGCUGGCGGCGACAACAGCUCCGGUGCCCCCAGCUCUGCUGCUCCCGUUUCCGCUCCUACCCAGACCCAGUCCGCCGCUGAGCCUUCUCAACCUGCUGCUGAGCCUACUCAGUCCGCUGGCGAGUCUUCUGCCCCUGCCGGUGGUGCUCCCUCUCAAGUUCCCGGAGGUGUCUUCAUCACCGUCUCCUCUCCCGCCGAGGGCACCGAGGCUCCCGUUGCUGCUCCCACUGACACCAUGAUGACUCUCACCAAGUCCGCUCCCGGAACUGGUAACGAGCCCGUGCCCACCAGCGUUGUCCAGCCCGAGCCCGUGCCUACCACCCCUGCCGGUACCCCCGAGGCCGCUCCCACAGCUCCCGCUACUCCUGGUUCCGGCUCUGGUGACGGUGGCUCCGACUCUGGCUCCGGCGAUGGUCAGGCUCACACUGCCGGAACUGCCUGUACCUCGGAGGGUGAGUGGAACUGCAUUGGUGGCUCCAAGUACCAGCGCUGCGCCUCUGGCCGAUGGUCUGUCGUCCAGUCUAUGGCCUCUGGCACUACCUGCUCUGGCAGCAAGGCCAUGGCUUUCGCUUGGGGCUUUGGCCGCAAGCUUGCUCUCCGUGCCCGCCGGGCGUAA